GUCCUGUUUCAAACCCGAAGUGGAUGAUGCUGUCAGGGCUGAGCCACUGACCAACGUCUGAAAAAUUCCCAUCUUCUCGUUGGCCAUCAGCUGAGAUAAGAUGGAAGACUCUUACAAGGACAGGACUUCCCUGGUGAAGGGUGCGAAGGACAUUGCCAAAGAGGUGAAGAAACACACAGUGAAGAAGGUGAGUCAGGCAGUGGACCGGGCCCAGGACGAAUACACCCAGAGGUCCUACAGUCGCUUCCAGGAUGAAGACGAGGACGAUGACUGUUACCCCCCCGGAGAGACCUAUCGUGGGGAGGCCAAUGAUGACGAAGGCUCCAGUGAGGCGACUGAGGGUCACGAUGAAGACGAUGAGAUCUACGAAGGGGAGUACCAGGGCAUCCCCAGUAUGAACCAAGGGAAGGACAGCGUCGUGUCCACGGGGCAGCCCAAGGGGGAUGAGUACAAGGACCGGCAGGAGCUGGAGUCGGAGAGGAAAGCUGACGAGGAAGAACUAGCUCAGCAGUACGAGCUGAUAAUCCAGGAGUGCGGCCACGGCCGUUUUCAGUGGACCCUUUUCUUUGUCCUGGGCAUGGCCCUCAUGGCGGACGGCGUGGAGGUGUUUGUCGUUGGCUUUGUGCUGCCCAGCGCCGAGACAGACUUGUGCAUACCAAACUCCGGGUCCGGGUGGCUAGGCAGCAUAGUCUACCUCGGGAUGAUGGUGGGGGCGUUCUUCUGGGGAGGACUGGCGGACAAAGUGGGAAGGAAACAGUCUCUUCUGAUUUGCAUGUCUGUCAACGGAUGCUUUGCCUUCCUUUCCUCGUUUGUCCAAGGUUAUGGCUUCUUUCUCUUCUGUCGCUUACUUUCCGGAUUCGGGAUUGGAGGAUCCAUCCCCAUCGUGUUCUCCUACUUUGCAGAAGUGCUGGCCCGAGAGAAGCGAGGCGAGCAUCUGAGCUGGCUCUGCAUGUUCUGGAUGAUCGGCGGCAUCUACGCCUCCGCCAUGGCCUGGGCCAUCAUCCCACACUACGGAUGGAGCUUCAGCAUGGGGUCGGCCUACCAGUUUCACAGUUGGCGUGUGUUCGUGAUCGUCUGUGCCCUGCCCUGCGUCUGCUCGGUGGUGGCCCUCACAUUCAUGCCUGAAAGCCCACGGUUCUUGUUGGAGGUUGGAAAACAUGAUGAAGCUUGGAUGAUUCUGAAGUUAAUUCAUGACACAAACAUGAGAGCACGGGGUCAGCCUGAGAAGGUCUUCACGGUAAAUAGAAUCAAAACCCCCAAGCAAAUAGAUGAGCUGAUUGAAAUCGAGAGUGACACAGGAACAUGGUACAGAAGGUGCUUCGUUCGGAUCCACACAGAACUGUAUGGAAUCUGGUUGACUUUUAUGAGAUGUUUCAACUACCCAGUCAGGGACAAUACAAUAAAGCUUACAAUUGUUUGGUUCACCCUGUCUUUUGGGUAUUAUGGGUUGUCUGUUUGGUUCCCUGACGUCAUUAAACAUCUGCAAUCGGAUGAAUAUGCACGACUAAUUAGAAAUGUGCCAAGAGAGAAAUACGCAAAUUUCAGUAUUAACUUCACAAUGGAGAACCAGAUUCAUACCGGCAUGGAAUACUACAAUGGCAGGUUCCUAGGGGUCAAGUUCAAAUCUGUAACCUUCAAGGAUUCAGUGUUUAAGGCCUGCACCUUUGAGGAUGUGACUUCAGUCAACACCUACUUCAAGAACUGCACAUUUAUUGAUACUGUUUUUGACCACACAGAUUUUGAGGAGUAUAAAUUCAUUGACAGUGAGUUUCAAAACUGCUCAUUUUUUCACAAUAAAACGGGAUGCCAGAUUACCUUUGAUGAUGACUACAGUGCCUACUGGAUUUAUUUUGUCAACUUCCUGGGAACAUUGGCGGUGUUACCAGGGAACAUCGUGUCUGCCCUCCUGAUGGACAGAAUCGGACGCUUAACGAUGCUAGGUGGCUCCAUGGUACUGUCAGGGAUCAGCUGUUUCUUUCUUUGGUUUGGCACCAGUGAAUCCAUGAUGAUAGGGAUGCUGUGUCUGUACAAUGGCUUGACCAUCUCGGCCUGGAACUCCCUUGAUGUAGUCACUGUGGAACUGUACCCCACAGACCGGAGGGCAACGGGCUUUGGCUUCUUGAAUGCGCUCUGCAAGGCUGCCGCCGUCCUUGGGAACUUAAUCUUUGGCUCCCUGGUUAGCAUUACCAAAGCAAUCCCCAUCCUCCUGGCCUCCACUGUGCUCGUGUGUGGAGGGCUGGUGGGGUUUCGCCUGCCCGACACACAAACCCAGGUCCUGAUGUGACAGGAGACAAGCCAUCUCCCUGUGUUUCUUUCUUCUGCCCUGUGUCAACUCUCCUGACCGGCUCAAGACUUCGGAUUUGUCAGAUAUAGAAAGGUGGUCGAAUAUCAGGACACUAACUCUUGCUGUGACUAAAAUUUAAAUGCAUACCAUCUUGCCCCUUAAAUGUGAUUCUGCAGAGGGUUGUUUUUUCCCAUGCGUUGUUAUCUUUCCUAACUGUGAUGCUACUGCCUCCUCAAAAUCAGUGGGAGCAUUUUGUUAAAUGUCCUAGUCAUCCAGGCCUCCCUGAGGUUCCGCUCACUGGAGAUCUGGACGCUAAGAAGAGGACUGUGCUGCUCUAAGAAGUAGAUCCUGCUCCUAGCUCCACAUUCACAGGAAGUAUAAGUUGGCAAAUUAUUGCAUUUGUGCUGAGGAGAGGGAUUCUUUUCUUUCUCUCUCUCUCUUUUUUUUUUUUUUCAAACAGAGUGACAUUUCCUGUUUACUUAGAAAGGACACCCAGCAAUUCUAGCUGUAACAGCAGGGCCUUUCAAAGAAAACCAUGUGGUACCAAGCAGAGCUGGGUGGAGCUCUUUCAGGAAUGACAAUUAAGGUGACUCGACUGACAAGAAAAAUAAAGGCUCUGCAGUUAGUAGCAAAGGUCUGAGUGAGCUGCAUAGGCAAGGUUUCUGCCAGAAAGCCCAAUUAAAUGGCUGAAAGCUGA